CAAACACAACGAAGCUCAUAGCAACACACUUCUCCUCCGACCCUUUGCGCGCGCCGUAUCGAUCAAUACAACUCCGCAAACCUCGACCGAUAUCAACCCCAGCAGCAGCACGAGAUGGCCACCGAGCGCGAGAGCAAGACUUUCCUCGCACGAUUGUGCGAGCAGGCUGAGCGCUACGAUGAGAUGGUCCUCUACAUGAAGGAAGUCGCAAAGCUCGGCGGUGAGCUCACGGUCGAUGAGCGCAACCUUCUCUCAGUCGCCUACAAGAACGUCGUUGGUACGCGUCGUGCCUCGUGGAGAAUCAUCUCCAGCAUCGAGCAGAAGGAGGAGGCCAAGGGCUCGGACAAGCACGUUGGCAUCAUCCGCGACUAUCGCCAGAAGAUCGAGACCGAGCUCGAGAAGGUCUGCCAAGAUGUUCUCGAUGUGCUUGACGAGAGCCUCAUCCCCAAGGCAGAGACCGGCGAGAGCAAGGUCUUCUACCAUAAGAUGAAGGGUGACUACCACCGUUACCUUGCCGAAUUCGCAUCUGGCGAGAAGCGCAAGACCGCCGCGACCGCUGCGCACGAGGCUUACAAGAACGCCACCGACGUUGCUCAGACCGAGCUCACCCCAACCCACCCUAUCCGCCUGGGUCUGGCCCUCAACUUCUCCGUCUUCUACUACGAGAUCCUCAACUCGCCCGACCGUGCAUGCCACCUUGCCAAGCAGGCCUUCGAUGAUGCCAUCGCCGAGCUCGACUCGCUGUCUGAGGAGUCUUACCGCGACAGCACUCUCAUCAUGCAGCUCCUCCGCGACAACCUCACCCUCUGGACGUCAUCGGACGGUGGCGAGCCAGACGCCGCUGCAGGCGAGGCCAAGGGCGAGGAGAAGGCGGCAGAGCCAGCCACCGAGCCUCCAGCAGCUGCUGAGGAGAAGCCAGCGGCUUAAGCACAUUCAUCAAAGUCUUUACCAAAUCAUCAGCGUACGGCUUUUCGGGCGUUGGCGUGUGUGUGGGAGCGUGGAAUGACGAUGCAUCUUUUCUCUCAACUCAAACAAGAUUGAGCCAGAGAUGGGAUGCAGCAUGGGAAUCUUAACGCGGAGAGAGAGAAAGGAAAAUUGUGAAAGCAGCGGAACGCCAGCACCCGAAGUCGCCCACAGCAAGUCUCUUCUGGGUUGAUCUUUGUCUGACCUGGAGACACGAAUGCAGCUUUUCCAUUUUCUUAUCAACACUACAACAACAACAAAAUCUCUCCUCGCCAAACAAACCACCCCAAAUUCGUGUUUUGUUGUCUGCUUUUGCGAGCGGCUCGGUGCGGUACUCGAAUACCCUUGAGUACCUUGUGGCUUUUUUUUUUAGUUUGCGUCUGUCUUGCUUUUUUCGUAUGCGAUGUAUGUUGUUUCUUUUGUAAAAAUGUUUCCUCUCUCGACAUGGAAGAGUUACAUUUUUUUCAAAAAAGACGACGGAUUCAUUCUGACGGUCCCUACCACCCAAAGCUAGCUAGCAUAUAUAGCGUUGAGCAGUAUGCAGCGAAACGAAUAUGAAACAAAAAAUCUU